AUGGCGCCCGCAAGUUCCAAAGCCAACUACAAGACCUACGAGGCUCAGGCUCGCAUGGUCCGCGCCAUCGUGGCCGCUCACCCGGAGGUUAAGUGGAACUACAAGGACAUCGCCAAGUACUUUGGCCAGUCGACUGCCGACGGCAUGCAGUUCCAGUUCCGCGGCAUCAAGAAGGACGCCGAGACGCUCCGCCGGACCGUCGCAGAGAACGGUGACGCCGCCAACUGCCUCAACCUGAGCGCCAGCGGCGGCGCGACGCCCUCUGCCGCGACGACCCCGUCCAAGUCCUCUGCCGUCACCACGCCGACCUCGUCGCGCCGCACCGGCACCGGCACUGCGCGCAAGCGCCCCCUCGCCGUCAACCUCAAGAAGGAGUCGAGCGACGACGAUGACGACGGCACCACCGGCGCCGAGGACAGCAACUACAGCGAGCGCGACCAGACGCCCUCGAAGCGCACCAAGACGACCGGCGCCACAGGCACCACCACCUCCAUGACCAUCGCCGGCGGCGCCACGGGCCAGAAGAACGUGACGCCCCGCCGAGCUGCGCAAAAGGCCAACGUUACGAUCGCGAGCGUCGCGGCGCAGCUCCAGGACAGCGAGUCGCCCACCCCGAUUGAGCGCACUUAUCAGCACCACAUCCACCAGCAGCAGUUUGCUCAUGCCCCUGCUGCCGUCGUGUCUCCGUCCACGGAGCGCCAGUCGCUCUUCGGGCCCCACGGCAGCGGUCACAACGUCAUCAUCAACAACUUCAGCACCCCUGCCACAUCUAUGGGCACCCGCGGCGGUGGUGCAGCUCUGCCGGCCGCAUUUGCUCGCAACGGCUCGGACGUGUGCAUGACUUCGAUGGCCCGACCGGGCGGCAGCUUCACCCAUCGUGGCAUGGCAUUCAUCAACGACGACUUUGACGAUGGCGAGUACUGA